AGAAGAUUCCACCAGCCGCCACUGGUGGCGGUAAUGCACACCUAAAGUUUUUUGCAAACUGCCAAUAAACCCUAUAAAGAAGAAGAAGAAAGAGGAUCUGUAAGUGGUCCUGGUUACAUUAAAGACGAUCUGUAAGUGGUCCUGGUUAGAACAGGUGGCUGCUUUUCCUCCAUUGCUCCUUCCAACAUGGCGGCGGGGCUGACGUUCGGUCCGAACGCUGACGGGACGUCAACUCUUCCUGUGGAAACAAACUCUGAAACCUGAUCUGAUGCUCCGCGUUUCAGACUGAACAUAUCACGGCUUCGUUCCACGCUUAGUAAAUAUUUACAAACUCGGGACUCGAAUAAAACCGAACUCGCUCUCAUUCUAAAGAAAGCAAAGGUUUCCGGUUCGGUGUGUGAGCGAGCUCGGUCAGCUGAUGGUGGAAGGUCCUGGAUCCGUUUGGACCUGUGUUUGGUUUCGUUUGUCUGGGUCAGACCUGAGCCUGGAUCGGAAGGGAACCAUUUCGACACAUAUCGACUCAGCCAGAAUCCAAACGUCUGGCUCCUUAUGGCUGUGUAUGAUGAGAACAUCCUGAGGAAUCCUUUCUUCUUGGCUCUGGAGAAGCAGAGACCGGACCUCUGCAGCCGAGCAGCAGAGCUCCAGGGCAUCGUCCUGGUUCCUUGUUGUGGAAGUCUGAGUGUCGGCAGCUUUUCAGACUCUCACUUUGACAGCUACGUCUUACAGCCUGUGGAGGACAGAUACAAGACUCUGAAUGGAAAGGAAGUUAAGAUCCAAGACCGGCAGCUCUUGCUGGGAUCUGGUUUCCCAGCUCCAUCAGUGAUCCCCAUCUUGUUUGAGGAAACGUUCUACAAUGACCAGGAACAGCGGUACAGCAUCCUGUGCAUCUCCAGGCCUGUGGAGUUAGAAACGAGCCCGACCGAGGUCAGUCCGCUUCCCACUUACUGCCUGAGGAAUCUGGAGGAUGUGGUGGAGUUCCUGGGUCGUCCCGCCCAGAAACUGGACAAGUUCAUCCACAGCUUCUGUGAAGCUUUUAAUGAACAGGAGAGGAAGGGACUUCGUCACCUCAUAGACUCUGUGAAUGGUCUUUACACUAAAUGUCUUCAAUGUCUACUGAGAGACUCUCGUCUGAAACUUAUGGCAAAGCAGGAGCUUCAGAUGACUCUUCUUAAACAGGCAGUUGAGAUCUAUGUUCAUCAUGGUAUCCAUGAUUUAAUCUUUAACCUUGUGGGAACUCUUGAAGCCAGCCAUGAUGCUGCCUUUAAUAAAACCACCAGGAGUUUGCAGGAUCUGCAGCAGAAGGAGCUUGGAGUCAAACCAGAGUUCUGUAUAAACUUGUCUCGGGCAAAAAGAGAGCUGAGUCAGCUUAACCAGCAGAAGUCACCCCUCCUCAAACUGUUGUGCCUGCGCAGAGUUGUCCUGACUGCCACCCAGACCACAAGACGCACAGUGAACAUCGAAGCUGUGAGUGCAGACGACCUCCUCUCUGUUGUCCUCUACCUGUUGGUGAAAACAGAAAUCCCCAACUG